AUGAGCUGGAACUUCCUGACGAGUUUGUUGGAGGAAAUAUCUUUGCACUCGACGUACCUGGGCAAGCUGUGGCUCACCACGUUCCUGAUCUUGCGCAUCAUGCUGACGAUCGUGGCGGGCGAAUCCAUCUACCACGACGAGCAGAGCUCGUUCAUGUGCAACUCCCAACAGCCGGGCUGCACGAACAUGUGCUACGACACCUUCGCUCCCCUGUCCUACGUGCGCUUCUGGAUCUUUCAGAUUAUCACCGUGGCGACGCCAAGCAUUCUCUACCUCGCCUUCGCCAUACACAGGAUACAGAGGUCUAGUGAAUUUGCCGACGAGGCCGGCGCCGGCGGCGGCGGCGGCGAGGUCAAGAAGAACGACUUUAGACGGCACGACGGGCGUCGCGCUAUCAGGGCCGACGGCCUCAUGUGGGCCUACGCGCUGCAGCUCGUCCUGCGCACGGUGGCCGAAGCGGGUUUCCUUCUGGGCCAGUACGUGAUGUACGGCUUGGAGGUGAUCCCCCGCUUUGUGUGCCCCCGCCGCUACCCCUGCGUCCACUUCGUCGACUGCUUCGUGUCGAGGCCCACGGAGAAGACCGUCUUCCUGCACGUCAUGUACGCCGUGGGCUGCCUCAGCCUGGCUCUCGACCUGGCCGAGAUGUGGCACCUGGGGAUGGGCGCUCUCAGGGAUCUGCUGCCGGGCAGCCGAGCCAAGCGCCGGCAACGGAUUGCGAAGGUCAAUCCUCUUCCUCCUCGUCCUCCUCCUCCUCCCGACGCGGCCGAGACAGAGGAGGCCGCCCCCCGGCAGAUGGCGAUAACGGCGGCGGAUGCGUUGCAGCUGCAAGGCUACCUGCGCGCGAUAGAGCGGCGGCUGGACCUGACGAUUUUCCAAUCGCCCCGACGGGCCAGGGCAGUAAGCCCCCAAGUGCAGCCGGGCAAGAAACACGAAGCGGCGGCGGCAGCAGCAGAAGUGGAAGAUUCGGAGAAAAACAAGAAGAGAGCCCCCGGGCACGGCGAUCGACGGGCCGGCGGUGGUGGUGGUGGGGUUCCGUUGAAGGCUCCGCGGUCGGGCUGA